GAACAUCUUCCCCUCCAACCUGGUCUCGGCCACCUUCCGCUCGUACGCCACGUCCUACAAGCUGGUGGCCAUCAAGAAGAACAUCACGGAUGAGCUGGGGGUCAUCAACGAGACGGUGGUGGUGGAGAAGGUGCCCUGGGGCGAGGAGGUGGAGGGGAUGAACAUCCUGGGCCUGGUGGUCUUCGCCAUCGUCUUCGGGAUCGCGCUGCGCAAGCUGGGCCCCGAGGGCGAGAACCUCAUCCAGUUCUUCAACUCCUUCAACGAGGCCACCAUGGUGCUCGUCUCCUGGAUCAUGUGGUACGCGCCCCUGGGUAUCAUGUUCCUGGUGGCUGGCAAGAUCGUGGAGAUGGAGGACGUGGCAGCCCUCUUUGCCAGCCUGGGCAAGUACAUCGCCAGCUGCAUCGUGGGCCACAUCAUCCACGGCCUCUUGGUGCUGCCGGGCAUCUACUUCAUCUUCACGCGCAGGAACCCCUACCGCUUCCUCUGGGGCAUCGUCACGCCGCUGGCCACCGCCUUCGGCACUUCCUCCAGCUCGGCCACGCUGCCACUGAUGAUGAAGUGCGUGGAGGAGAACAACGGCGUCUGCAAGCACAUCAGCCGCUUCAUCCUGCCCAUUGGAGCCACGGUCAACAUGGACGGCGCCGCCCUCUUCCAGUGCGUGGCCGCCGUCUUCAUCGCACAGCUCAACAACAUCUCGCUGGACUUCAUCCAGAUCAUCACCAUCCUGGUCACGGCUACGGCAUCAAGCGUGGGGGCGGCAGGGAUCCCGGCCGGCGGCGUCCUCACUCUGGCCAUCAUCCUGGAGGCCGUGGGGCUGCCCACCAACGACAUCUCCCUCAUCCUGGCUGUGGACUGGCUCGUGGACCGCACCUGCACCAUCCUCAACGUGGAGGGCGACGCCUUCGGCGCAGGGCUGCUGCAGGCGCGCAUGGAGCGCAGCGGCCAGGCCGUGGCUGAAGAACUAGUGGAGGUCAAGGCGGACGGGCUGGGGCUGGGCAAGGGCGAGGGCUCCCCGCUCCUCCGGACUGACCCCCCUGCCCCCGCGGAUUCCUGCGAGGAGUCGGCGAUGUGAGGGGCUGCGGCCAGCGGCUCCACAUCAUGGACGGGCCGGACUGCACAUUCCCGCUUCCCCCGGGGGCUGAGUCGCUUCACGGCCUGCUGGACGCGAGUGGGGGCCGGGCCCUCUGCCCCCGACUUCCAGUCUGCGCGGUGGUGCAGAGCCUCAGUCCUGGGGCCCCGGCUGCCACUCGCGUCCUGCCUGCCCCCGUGACACUCGUGGACCAAGCACCCCCCAGACCCACGACUUGAAGCUGCAGCGGCGCGGUGCCCUGCCCUGCUGCCUCCUGCUACAGCUGUGGCUGUGCCUGGCUCCGUGUCGCACGGGUGCGAUGUCCGUGGCCCGUGCCGUGACUCUGGGGGACGUCACUUCUCAGAGCCCCGGGGCCCUCGGCCUAACUUAUUUUGCUGUUUUUAAAACGCUGGGAACGAGGCUUGUCCUGGCUGCAAGGAGCAGGGUCCCGGGGCGAGGUCUGCUUCGGGGGUGGGACCUGUGCUGCUGCAGCCGGGGGCUGGCCCCGCGCUGGGCAGACGGGGUGGUCUUCUCAAACUGCUGAUGCCGGCGGGGCCGCAGCUCUCCCUGGCAGCGCGGCUGGGCUCUCGCUGCAUCCGCUCCAGGGAAGCGGGGCCGUGGAGGGCUCGGCCCCGAGCCGGCCGGGGUGGGAAGGAGAGGGGCACGGGACAUGGUCAUUGCCUUGACCUCACGUGGCCAGGACCCAGCCUCUGUCCUUCUCUGCCCCGGUCAUGUCCUACUGGAGCUGGCCUCAGGUUUUUAAACACUCCGUUAUUUCUAUUGUUUUUAACUGCGGCUCUGGGACCAGGACAGGCGCGUGGCCUUGGGUCUCCAGGCCCCCCUGCCCAUGAGCCCCUCACCGUCCAUGUCCUCGGGCAGCAACGGGCAUUGGCCCUGCUCCCCCGGCGGGGGCUGAGCACCAGCUCCUCUCCCGUCGUUCCAGCCUGGCCCCAGCGCUGCAGACACGAGGACGGCUGGGGGGCCUGUGUCUGGGCGCUAGGGCCAGUUGGGGGUUCCUCCAGCCAUGGGUGACAGGUCGAGUGUGGGGAGCCCUCGGCAGUCGAUCGCGGAGCCAGCAGCAAAACCGGAAGGGCAUUUCUAGCGCCGCUCCCUGGUUUGCAGCUGGCCCUUCCAGGGGGUGCGCAUGCCCCCCCCACGCGUCGCCUACGCCUGGUGAUUAAUGAUGGCAGAGGGGCCUGGCAGCUCUGGACGGGAGGGUCCCGUCUCCCCAGGGUGCUGUGGGCAGCACUGGGGUCUGUUUUCGUGCCGAAACGACUGUAACGGGUAAGGGUCUAAACAGGACUUCGUUAGCAAUGCAAUAAACGAAGCGCCCGAG